AUGAACGUCGUUAUUUUUUCGUUUUACUAUUGUGCUGUUGGUGUGCUACUGCAGGGGAUUGUUGGUAAAAAUAACAUUACCACUAAUACUGCUCUCGGUGGUAUCUCGGUUUCGUCGUGGUACAUUCCUCAUGAAGGUAAGUAAAACUAUAAUUUGUGGCCUUUACAAUUAAUUUAAACGAUUUUUGCGACAUUUAUAUAUUAAUUUAUCAUUAAUAAAACUGCUAAAGGUAUUUUUAAUUCCUCGGUAAAACAAAUUUUUCUACAGUAUUUACAUUUGUUUCGAUUAGCUGAUCGUUUUUUUACUUUACCUAAAUCAAUGGAUUAUAGGUAAACUUAAAGUCAUAUCAACUUUUAUAAAUUUUCUAGUCAACAUACAUCUAGUUUACAAAAAAAAAAUUGUUUUAGAAAUGUUCUUUUUCAUUGGGCUGAGUUUUGUACUUAGUUUUAAAAUUUAAGAAUAUAUAAUAUACGAUAUGUAUAAAUCCAGUUCUCUUACUUUCAGAGCAACACUCGUACCGACAUUGGUUGAUUUAGAAAUUCUAAAGUAUUGAUUUAUGAAAUAUAAGGUAAAGGCAGUUUUCCUCUAUAUUCAGCCUCCUUAAUGUAAUAAAUAAAAAAUGGCUUCAUCGUUAUUUUCUUAAUUCAAAUAUACUGUAUUACAUUUUUUUUUUAUGAAAAAUUGUGUUUAGUAAUUUUGGUUGUAUUAAAGAAAAUUCAUUAAAAUCAGUACAGGAAUAUUUUUUAAAUUAUUGUUUAUAAUCUCAAUUGCGUCGAUAGUAUAAAUAACAAAGCUACCUAAAUUAUAAUUAAAAAUAACGUCAAUAUUUACCGCACCACACGGUGUUACAGUUUUCUUUGUUUUUAAUUUGUGUAACAUAUGUUUUCUACCAGAAAUAUUGUUCUAAUAAAAAAAUAACAAGAAUUAGAUUUUGUGUCUAUAGCCACUAAGAGAGAAAGUCGUUUUUUGAUUUAUAUUAUAGUAUUUUUCAUAAUAAUUAGGAAAAUUCAAAAAAGAUGAUAAAUACAAUUUUUUUCAAAAUACGGCGCAAAGAUAUAUGUAAUUAUUUUAAAUGUAUUCGGAUUAUGUUUUCAACGACAAAUAUUACUCAAAUAGAAAAACCACAAGAUACCUUUUUUGUUGCAUAUUUAAGCUAGUUAAAUUUUAAUAUCAAAUUUUGACGAAAAUUGUUUGAAUAAAAAAUUAUGUGAAACAAAACUAAUCUGUCAAUUUUCGUUUUAAACAUAAGUAUAAUACCGUUUUAAGAACGAUUGUAAGUUAGAAUUGAGCGGAAUGACUAAGUUUCGAAAUUAUAGCUUUUUGAAAUUCUGAUAUUAUGUGGGUAUUACAUGUUAAAUAACUCUAUAUUGUCUUUCUUAAAGAAUGUUUGUCGUAGUAUAAUGGUUAUAUAUACCUUUUGUCAUCCUAGGGAUCGCAAGUUCAAACUCAAGUUUCGAAAUAAUAUUUGCAUUUUUUUCCCUCUUAUCUAAACAAGAAAAAGAAUGAAUUUUGAUUCUACCUAGAGUCCCAAGCUAUCGCUUGCUCGGACUAUUUUAAUCGCAAAAUACCCCACGGUAUUUUGUUGUGCAAACUUUUUUUACCAGAAAUCUUGCUCCGAUGUAUCAAGUUUAACUUAUUUUCUAAAAAAAAUGUUUAUCUACAUGAUACUUAAUGGAGGUAAUUUUUUAAUUAUUCCAGCGAUUUUAAAUAUCUGCGAAAAACCGGCAUAAAUGUCGAAAAAACGAAAAAUGUAUGAAAUGUAGGUACUAGGAAAAAACAAUUUUCGAUUUUCUAAGGAGUUUUCUAGACAAAUAUAAAAAACCGAAAAAAAAAUGGAAGAAAAACUGGAAAAUGUACUAAAUAUAGACAUUAGUUGAAAAAAUAUUAGCCUACAGCCUGUUUUUUUUCUAUGAAAAUAUGUUUUACCUAAAAUUGCUGUACUUAAAUAUUAAUGUUACACGUGCAAAAUUUCCUUGAUUUAACCCUCUGACGCUUGCAUUAGGUACAUUUUUGUAUGUCAUGCAUGUAUACUGCAAAUAAUUCAAUGCUUCAUUUUUCAAUUAUUAGUAUUAUUUAAUAUUAAUCAUAAUAAUAAUUUAAAAAAAAAUUAAUAUUCAUUCUGGCCAAAGUUACCAAAAUUUGUUAACUAACGACAAGGAGUUAUCAAACUAUGCGAGUUACUUUAUUAGACUAUAAUUUAUGAAUAAUGGCAAUUAUAACACAUGCAGUAAUACCACUUUAAGUUAUAACAAUGCUAAAUAAUAACAUUUACAAUAAUAAUCAAUGAUAAUAUUAAGAUUAUAUUGGAUUUGAUCACUGAGGUAGAUAGCAAUAUAUUAAUAUUACUAACAAUUACUUACAAUUAUUACGAACAUUGAACUAUUUUAUAAAAUUGUAAAAUAUAAUUCAAUAAUUACUAAAGUAUAUUGUUAUAUAUUUCAGUAGAUUUGAAAAACAAUUUUAAGACCAUUCAUUUUGGCCAAAUAACCAAACAAUAAAAUUAUCAUAACUUUGGUGACAUUGUACAUUUUUGUAAUAUAUUGAUAUUCCUUUAGUCAUCAGUCAUCACGGAUUAUUUUUUUAUGAUGGUUUUUUCAAAUAUUAUUUAACUACAAAGUAUCGCUGAUAUAAAGUUACGACGCAUGUAAGUGCCUGUAACAUUAUAUGGAUGUUGUAUGCAUUAAAAGAAUAUUCGAAUUAUAGCUGUAUCAUACUAUAUAUAUAUGUUGUUUAUUUGAUUUAACAGGAUUGAUAAAAAAUAAUAAAACCCCGGAAAUAUGCUACGACCAUAACUCCAAACCAUUAGGUAAGUGUUAUAAGCGAUAAGGUAUAAUAAUAUAAUAUUAUAAUUUGGUAAUGAGGGUAUCGUUAUUCACUGUAAAUUAAUGUAAGCUAGAUUAUACGAGAGAAUGGGUGGGAUGUAUCCUACCAUUAAGUCAUUUUUCUUAUAUAAUUAAAAUAAUAUACAGAGUAAUUUUUUAAGCAUAUCCAUUAGUGCCUACCCAAUUUAAUACAUUCUGAUUCUGAUAUUUGGAAUUUGUAAAUGUAAUGGAAGACAUAUUUUCUAACACUUAGAUUUUUCAAAACGUUUAAGGAUUAUCCUAUGACUAUUCCAACUUAAGUUUUUCUAAUGAAAACCUAAAUGUUUUUAUGUAAAUUGCCAACCAGGUGAUUUGUCUAAAAAUUUUGACAUAUUUUAAUUGAAAUUUGAACGUAAAAUAUCUGAGUUAUUCUACUUUAAGUAUUACAGAAUAAUGACUGCAUGAUUCAAAACAAGAAAUUAUUUAUACUACACAUGAAACAAUAGGUAUCCAGUCCCUGUAAAAUACUAUUAUCCUAAGUAUUUAAAGCAAAAAAAGUCAGAAACAUUUCAUUCAAAUUUUAAUUAUAAUACGUCAAAAUUUUGAAAAAAAAAAAUAUUAGUUUGUAUAAAAUUAUGUGGAUUCUCAUUCUAAAAACCAAUGUUGUUAUCACCACAAGAUACUCCUUAAAAUUAUACUAUUUUGUGAAAAAUCUAAGUAUUCAAAAAUAUCGUAGUUCACUACACUAAAAAAUUCCAAAAUACAUAAUUUAAGUUUAUGCAUAAUUCAUUCAUACAAAUAGGGUGAGCAUGGUUAAAAAUCACUCUGUAUAUUAUAUUAUAUCUUCAUAAGUAUAAAAAAAAAUUAUGUUAAUAAUAAUAUUUCUUAAAAAGUAUCCUUUUUCCCUACCCCAUGAUAAAAUCAUUUGACCACCACUGGUAUGAUUAAAAUUGGAAUGUGACCUAUGCCUUCCUUUUUAUUUUUUUAUUUAACGAUUUACCUUCAUUCUCCUCAACAUCAAAGGAGGGAAUAAUAAUAUAUUUAUAUUUAUUACGUAGUUAAUAGGAAAUUUAUUAGAUAUAAUAGCAUAUCUAUAUACCUAUAUAAACAUCAAAUUUUUCUCGCAGGUCUUUGCAUUACAUGGUCAGAAUGCAUUAACAAUAACCAAGGCGUUCCUACGGACAUUAUAUGCCCAGAUAAAUAUUCUAUAUGCUGUAUCUGUAAGUAAAUGUAUUUUUAAUUUUGAUCAAAUUAUUAUUUGUUAUUUUUUUAUUAAAAAUUAUCUUGGUACCUACUUCGGAAUGUAUUAUAUAAUAUGAUUUUUUCUUUCCGGCAUUGUUUAUGUUUUUUUUUUUUUAUCGUAUCCCUGAGAUGACCACCACAAGAAGUCAUGGAAUCAAAUUAAUUUUCUAGCUUCUAGUAAUCUAUUAUUGUUAGUAACUGUGAACAAAAAUGAAUAAAACUAUUUUUGAAUCUAACCAUGGUAAUUACACACAAAAACUUGAUCUGUAUUUUGUGGUAUAGCCAGGAUUACUCAACGGGGGGGGGCAAUAAAAAAAACCUCAUACAAAAUUACUUUGUAUUGUUUUCACUUAUUUGUAUACUUAAAUUAUUUAUUAUUAAUGAGUUACAUAAUUCUUAUGGUUUAUAACAUAAUAUUAUUAUUGUGUCCAAUCUGUAACGUUCAUUUUCCUAAGAGAUUUUUUUAAUAAAAGGAUUCAGUAUUUCUUUUUCGAUAGUUCAUAUUCUAAUUCGCCUUUAUCUAUUGUUAAUAAUGCCAAACCAUUCAACCUUUCUUCAUUCAUUGUAGCUUGUAAGUAUAUUUUUAGUAUUUUUAAAACAGAAAAUGUAAGUUCCGGGGUAGUGUUACAGGGAGAAUAGCAAAUAAAUGAAGAAUCUUCUUCAUAUUUGGAAAAAGCUUUGUGCAGUGUUGAAUUUUUUUCUAAAGUAGUCUCUAAUAAAUAUUCUUUCAAUUGCUAUUACUUUCUCCAUAUGAAUAACUCUGCUUUCAAAUAUAAAUUCAUACUAAUCAAAAAGUAAUGUUCGUAAAUAGGAGCAUCAGCUAAGGUUGAUUGGAUGUCAUAAUGUGUCAAAUUAGAUGAUAUGAGUCCUUCUAGGGGGGCAUAAUUAUUUCUAGUAUUUUAUCAAAUAUUGAACGUAAUUGAGUAGUUAAAUUAUCAAAAAUGGUAUAAAUAUUUCAAUUUUAUAAUAUUCCUCUGCGUCUUUGGCAUGUGCAUAUGUACUGUAAGUACAUAUAUUGUUUCGAGAAGUUUUUCUCCCACAAGUUCGAGGAAUAUGUAUUUCAACGUUUAGUUCAGAAGCUAUUACGGUAAAAUUUGACAUUAUUUCUUUAAAACAUUUUUCAGCAUCUGAUCGAAUGGCUUCAAAAGGUUUUCAAAUAAUCAUUACAUUUUUUAAAGGUUUGGAUAAGUCUGUUUGCUUUGUAGCACUCACAUAUACCGAUGCUUUGGUUAAGGUUUCAGGAUUUGUAUCAUAUUUUUCAAGAUGUUCUAGAGUAGCAAUUAUAUAAAUAUAAAGUUCUUUGAAAGUAAUAAAUGAAUCAUGUCAAUCGAUCCAUCGUGUUUUACUAAGUUUUUUCAAUUUUAUUUUUUUACCACUUUUAUUGGAAUUACUAUUUUUAUCAAAACCACUGUUUUCGUGUAAUUUGGAUAUAAUUUAAUAUUAAUUACAUAUUAUCAUAUAAAUAAUACAAUAUACUUAUCUAUGGAUAUUGGAUGUACUGAUAUAAUAUCAAUAAAAAAAAAAACUACACCCGAUGGCAUGACCCUUCUGCUCCCCCCUGGCUACGCCACUGUCUGUAUUUUAAGCGAACUCUUAUUUUUUUUUCACUGAUGGCAAGUUAACUGAUCUAAAUACUGCAAUAUAUAGGUAUUAGCUGUGCCUAUAGGGUUACUAUCUUUUAAAAAAGGCAGACCCGAAGACAGGCCGACAAGCAAAAAAAAGUCAUUAGCAAAUGAUACCAUGCCAUAUCGUAUUCUUAUCCAUUGUAUCUUAUUUUUGGCUUUUGAAAAUUAUUGUUCUCGUUACUUAUCGACAAAUUAUAUACCUAUAAUUAUAUAAAUUGUACUAAUUUUAAGAUGCUCGGAAAAUGCACGAUGCUCGGAUGCACGAAAAAUUACUUUUAUUAUGUAUAUUUUAUCUAGAUUCUAGAUAAUAAAUUGUUAUUUACCUAUUUUAUCUUUGUCAAGAUAUUAUUAGGUAUAUUACUAUUAUACUAUAAAUUAUGUCUUAUCAUUAUCUAAAUAUUUUUAAAUUAGCAUUUUAUUAUGAUUUCUAUAGUUAACAAAUACGAAUGUGACUCAUGGACGAAGGGAAACUCCAUGCACAUUACCAGCCCGAGAUAUCCUCAGCCGUUUUAUGACUUAGGUUUUUCCGAGAUAUUUCUCCAAAAAGUAACGGUUGUCCGGCUGUUACGUCUGGAUUUUAUAGAUUUUAAAAUGGUAAGUGUCGGAAUAGGUUAAACGAUUUUAACGAUAAUGAUAUAAUAAAGUAGAUAUCUACCAAAUUGAUAUUUACGUCCGUACAUCAUCAAUAAUAAUUAAUAAGUAAUAUAAGAAAUACCUGGGCUUUUCCAUUCAAAUUUUAUUUCCGCAUAGCUAUGGUUCCAAAUUAUUAAUUUUGAAAAUUCGGGGUUCUAAAAACAUAUCCUAUACUAGCUGUAAUAUUUUUGUAAUUUGUACAUAGGCACUUCCGAACAGUGACACUGGGGUAUGCGAGACAGACAGGAUGGUUAUUACCAAUGGAGACAUCCAGUAUGUUAUGUGUGGUCCCUACACUAACCAACACU